AUGAGUUCCUACCAGCAGAAGCAAUCCUUUACCCCACCCCCUCAUCUUCAACAGCAGCAGGUGAAGCAACCCUGCCAGCCUCCACCUCAAGAACCGUUUGUUCCCAUAACCAAAGAGCCAUGCCACCCAAAGGUUCCACAAACUGGGAACACAAAGAUUGCAGAGGCAGGCUGCACCAAGGUCCCCGAGCAGGGCUACAUCCUGGUCCCUGAGCCAUGCUACACCAAGGUCCCUGACCAGGGUUACAUGAAGGUCCCUGAGCCGAUCUACACCAAGGUUCCUGAGCCAGGCUGCACCAAGGUCCCUGAACAAGGCUACAUCCUGGUUCCUGAACCAUGCUAUACCAAGGUCCCUGAUCAGGGUUACAUGAAGUUCCCUGAACCGGUCUACACCAAGGUCCCUGAGCCAGGCUACACCAAGGUCCCUCAUCCUCACCACCCCAAGGUUCCACAGCCAAAUUCUUCAACAGUCAUUCCAGAUCCAGCUCAGCAGAAGACCAAGCAGAAGUGA